UGUGAAUUCUGUUUUAAAGCUGGAAGGUCGUUUGCGCGCAAGAAUCGGUCGGCAAAAGUGAAUUUCAAAAAUUAACUGAAAGCACUAAAACAAAAAGUUGAAAUUGCGAAUUGUUUUCAUUUUACACUGCGUUGAACUGUUUGUUAAUAAAACCAAUAAAAAAACAUAAAAUAUUGAAUUUGUGCGUGCGUUCGCGUUAAAAGUCAGAGUAACUAACUUGUGUGUGUGAGUGUGCACAUUUGUUGGGGAAUCAGGACUGCGCAAAAAAGAAGAAGCAUAUUCGUGAUUGGCGGCUGUUUCUGUGAGCGUGUCGUGUGCGUGUGUUUCUGUGUGAGCGUGUGUGUGCAUGUGUAUGUCAGUGGUGCGGCACAACGACAGCAGCAAAAGGAGGAGAAUUUGCAAGAAAGAAGAGGCCAAGAAGCAAGCAGCAGCAGCAAGAAGCGGCGUGUGUGAAUCACAACGACGAUUGACUGAGCAGCCGAGCAGCACACAAAUAAUUCACCACAUACAACAAAAUCUUUUUUUGCCAAAAUUCAAAUAAGAUAGAACAACGAACCAGAUAUAAUUACAAAAAAAGAGCGAACACGCAGAUUUGCAAGAGUUUAACACGAAGAAGAAGAGCAGCUGCUAAAGAAAGAAGAAAAAAGUAUAAAAAUGGAGCACGAGGAUAAUGCGCACUUUGACAACUUUUUGCAAAAUCGCCUGAAUCAGGAGAGUCUGCAAAACGCUGGCAGCAACAACAACGCCGGCAAUAAUGCUGCCGACGUCGUGGCUGCUGAGUUGGUGGCCAACAUCGGUCCCAAGAGUGGCGAACACGAUGCUGAGCACGACGACGAAGAAGAAUGGAAAUAUAAAGAAGUGCAGCAGAGCGAAAAGCACCAGCAGCAACUACAGCAACAAUACGGCGGCUACGGCGAAAAGUUUAACGACGUCGAUGUCGACGCUGACGUUGACGUCGCCUUCGGUGUUGGCGUUGGCAAUGGUAUUGGCAACGGUAACGGCGUCGGCAGCAGCAGCGACGCUUACAUGUCUCUCGGCAUGGACUUGACUCUAGGGAAUGGCGUUGGCAGCGGCGUCGACGGUGGCAGUGCUGUCGUCUUUCGUGCCUACGAGGAAGAAGAAGAUGAAGUCGAGGUGAUUAAGAAUGAUGGUGACUUUUCAACAAACUCCAACACGACAACAACAACGUCUACCACUGGCGAAGUUAAGCCAGCCAACGAAGAAGAAGAAGCAGCUGAGCUGCUACCCAACAAAGCCGAGGAGCAGCUGCUGCCUCACGACCAUGAGGAUGAGGAGGAGGAGCCGAGCUCGGUGGCCACCACUUAUGGCACCAGCAGUCUCAGCGAGCAUCAACAGGAACCGGAAGCAGAACCGGAGCCAGUUGAACCACCUGUCACUUCGCAACCCUUGUUCUUCGAUAACAAGGAGAACGCUGAUCCCGUUGAGUCCGAGUUGGAGUCACAUUCACAGCUCAAUCCCAAUGCGGUUGAGUUUGUUCCGCACUUUGGCUCGCAGCCUACAUCGCCGGCUCCCAAUGCAGUCAUUGCGGAUCCCAUGCAAACCUUGGGCCGUCAACUGUUGGCCGAUGAUCUGGUGGCCGAAAGUCCCCGAAAGGGAACCCGGGACUGCAACAUGGACACAAUUGCGUUGCCCGAUGAGCGUGAGUUUGACGAUGAGGCCGCUCAGCGCCCUCAUGAGCUAGAGCUGGAGGAUGACACUUUCCCCGAUGCCAACGAGUUGCAGAAUGGUGGCAGUGUUUAUCAACAGGAGCAAGAUCAGGAGCAGCAACCGCGUCUUGAUCAUGGACCCGAGACCAGCGUUGAUUUGGAUGCUGAUCUAGACUUGGAGCCACAAGAGCAACAACAAGUGGAACACAAGUUCAACGAUGACAUCAUGAAGCAAUCUAUUUAUGGUGGUGAAUCCAUCUCGAAUGCUUCCAUUGAGGAUAUUCUGAACUCGGUGCAGCCGCUGCCACAGCAAAGUUCUAGCGAGGAGCCACUCAAGGAGAAGGAGUUGCUCAAUGUGGAGGAGAAGGAACUCGUCUCGCAGUCACCCUCCAUCGAGGAGCUGCAUCAGCAUCAACUGAAUCAACCAGUUGAUCCCAUGCAGGCCUCGUUCUAUCUGGAGCACACCUCGAGCGAUGCCGCUGCCUUCGCCAGCGAUGUCAACCUCGAGCACGAACAGAGUCUGCUGCUGGACACCAGUGCACCGUUUAGUCCUCUCGAGGAUUCGCCGCACCAUGACAUUGAAACCGCACCCACACUUGAACUACAGCCAGAGCCAGAGCAGGCUGAUAUUGUCGACAUUACGCCUUCCCCGUUGUCCACUUCCACCGAGGAGAAGCAUCUUGUGGAGGAGACAAAGGAGCAGCAACAGAAUCCAGUUGAAGAGGAGCUGCUUGUGGAGUCCGAGAACAUUCAAAACACCCUCAAUGCCGGUGUUCCAUCCCAGGUGGAAUAUGCUGAUUUCGAUACAGCUACCGGCUAUGAAGUUCACGACCAAGAGGAGCGCGCUCCAGCCUCCAAUCCAUUCGGUCAAGAGCAGGAGCAACUGUUUGGCUUGGAUCAAGAGCAGGUGACAAGCACUUCGCACUUUGAUGCCGAACUGGAGGAGGAGCAAAAGCGCCAACAGCUGGAGGAGGAGCAAAUGCAACUGCAACAUCAGCUCGAGGAAGAGCAGCGUUUGCACCAGCAGCAGUUGGAGGAGGAACAGCGUCUGCAGCAGCAGCAACUGGAGGAGGAACAGCGUCUGCAUCAACAGCAGCUGGAGGAGGAACAGCUUUUGCAGCAGAAGCAAAUGGAGGAGGAACAGCGUCUGCAACAGCAACAGUUGGAGGAGGAGCAGCGUCUGCAUCAGUUGCAGCUGGAGGAAGAGCAGCGUCUGCGUGAGCGUCAACUCGAGGAGGAACAGCGUCUGCAGGAGCAGCAGGAGGAGGAGCGUCGUCGCCAGCAGGAAUUCGAAGAGGAGCAGAAGCUACAACAGCAAUUGGAGGAGGAGCAGCGACUGCAGCAACAACAGCUGGAGGAGGAGCAACGUCUGCAGCAGCUGCAGCUGGAGGAAGAGCAGCGCUUGAAGCAGCAACAGCUGGAGGAGGAGCAACGUCUGCAACAGCAGCAGUUGGAGGAGGAGCAACGUCUGCAGCAACAGCAGCUGGAGGAACAGCAGCGUCUGGAGGAGGAGCAGCUCAAGCAGCUGGAGGCACAGAAGGAAGCACAAGCACUGCAAUUGCAGCUGGAGCAGGAAGCGUACGCCAAGCAGAUCGAGGCUGAAAUCGCUGCUGCUGCUGCUGCUCCCUAUACAAAUGGCGUGGCCAGCACUGAGACCCCAGAGCCAGCUGUUGAGCCACUGGCCGAAGUGGAGCAACCUAAGCCUGCAGAGCCCGCUGAGGAGACGCCUGUGGCUGAGAUUGCUGUGGCUGCUGCUGUUGCGGCAACAGCUGUGGCUGCCGUUGCCGGUGCAACUGCCGCAGCCAAGGCCAAGCCCAAGGCAAGUCCUGGUGACGCUGCCAAGAAGCCAGCCGCCAGAACUUCAGCCACAACAGCGGCGGCCAAGGCGAAGCCAGCCGCAGCAAGUGCUUCGACUAUCACCAAGAAGACGACAGUUGGUGUGACAGCUGCAGCCAAGACAACAGCCGCUGCUCCACGUCCACGCACAGCGCCCGCCACAGGCGCUGCCAAGACCACAGCUUCCACAACAGCAUCGUCGGCUGCUAAGCCGGCGAGCACAACGACAACUCGCAAGCCGCUUUCGGCCAGCAAUGUGGCUGGCAAACCGGCACCCAGAACACUGAGCAGCACCACGACAAGCACACGCCCAGCUACGGCACCCGCCAGCAAGCCGGCAGCCAGCAAGACUGGCGUAACAGCAGCCAGAGUAGGAGCCACAAGUGGAGCGACAACAGCACGCAAGCCGGCAACGAGCACAACUGCAGCCAGCAAUGGCACAACUGCAACCAAGUCGCGGCUGCUGCUGUCCGCCAGCAGCAAGCCAGCAACCACAGCAGCAGCAGCAACCACUGCAGCAGCAGGAGCUGCCAAGCCGAAGGUGCCGUCGCCACGCAGCGCAGUUGGUUCGACGCUGCGCAAGCCGCCAACAACAGGUGCUGCGACUGGAGCACGCAGUCCCAGCAAACCGCUGGCCAAUGGUGUGACCAAGAGCAGCACAACAAGCAGCACAACCAGCAGCAAUCGGCUGAAGUCUGCCACCAGCAGCAGCAGCAAUGCAACAGCAACAACCACAACUACGACAACAACAACAAGCACUACAAAGACUUUCACGGCACGUCCGGCACCCAAAUUUACACACUCGGCACCAGCAAGCGGCGCCAGCACUGCGCGUCGCUCGCUGUUGUCGGCAACCAACGGAACUGGAGCAGCAGCUGGAGCUGCUGCACAGCGCAAGUCGUCGCCGUUGAAGAGCAGCGCUUCCAGCGGAUCGCCGCUUAAACUGAAAGCCAAAGAAACUGCAGCCAGCAAGACGUCGCCGGCACCAGCUGGACUGAAGAUCAAGAGGCCAGCAUCGGGCACCACACCAGCCAAGGCAGCAGCGGCAACAGCAGCCGAAACAACAACAGUUGCCGAGCCAGCAACAGCAACUGAAGCGGUUGCUGCUGCUGAUGUUGUUGCUGCCAAUGGCAAGGAGGAGCUGCUUAGCCACAAUGGCAAUGGACUGCAUCACGAUGAGUUGCUUGAGGCGGCGCAGGAAGCGUUGGUGGAGCAACAACAGCAACAACAACCAACAGCUGCUGCUGAGGUGGCGUUGCUUGACUUUUAAAUUGAGAGACCUGGACUGGACACCAGCUAAAACAGAUGUGUAGUAGAUGAUGAAUGAACGAACGAAGAUGAUGAUGAUGAUGUUGUGGGAUGAAACGAAGUUGAAAUGCGAAGAAAAAAAUAAACUACUUUGCUAAUAUUAUAAACAUAUUAGGCGAAAGUAUUGUAUUGCUAUGAAUGCGACGAGAACAACAACCAACAGCAAAAAAAAAACAAAAGAACAACAACAACUAAACACAAUCCAAGUUGUGGCUCAGUGGAGCGUCCACUUUAUUUCUUUCCUAAAUGCCGCGCCUCCUCCAAAACCAGCCCAGCCAAAAAAGAAAAUCAAAAAUAAGAACCUAUCAAGCGACCUACCACGAUCAUCAACACACGACACACACGCCCCCUUCUUCUCUGCUCCGCCUGCUGUUCCUUCUGCUCCAACAACAACAAAACGAUAUUUGCUAUAUAUAUAUACAAUAUAUUUUGUGUAAAGGUUUUUCUUAAUAAUCUGUGUGCUCGCAAUUUUUGCUCAUUUACUUUAUUUAUAUACGAGUAGUUCUUCAUUUUGCACAAUUUUUUACAUACAUAUGAUUACAAUUGUUCCUCACGCUCUGUUAUUGUUUGCUCAUGUGUUCAACGAAAUUUGUAAUGUGUCUAUUUAAGUUCAACAACGAGAGAAUCUUUUUUUGGAGCGCAAAAAUAAAAUAAAAACGAAUAAAUCAUAAAUCACGCAAAAAAAGAAAACAAAAGAAUGAGCAUAAAACUUUUAUCCACACAAACACAAAAAAAAAUGUCAAAAUAUAACGAACAACAAAAAAAAUGAUAUAAAACUAUAAACAUUUAUGCAAACAAAAAAAUAAUAAUUGUGGUGUACGUGUAGCAGAAAAACACAGAAGAAAAACAAAAGAAAUAAUGGUUAUAACAAUUAUAAAAAGUAGCUCGUAGUCGGCAUUCUAACACGUAAUACAACAUAUUUCCAAUCAAAAAACAAAACUAAUCCAUGAAAAUCCAAAAAAAUGAAUGAUUGUUUCAAUGAUGAAUGGAUUGCUAACCACAAACAAAAAACAUAAAAAAGAUAAUUGAAUAAUCUAGAUACUAGAAUUUAUGUGUUUUUAUACUGUCAACUCUU